AUGCAGGUGCUCAUCACCGACGACGGCAGUGAGAUGCUCGACCGCGACGCCACGGGCGGCCUCGUGCCCAUCAGCGCCUACGGCAUCACCGACGGCUCCCACGUCACCCUGCGCAUCCAGGUACCCGGUGUGGACGACCUGGAUGACGUCCCGCUGGUAGACGAGGCGAUAGUGUCAUCAGCCUUCGCCCUGGGGGUGCUGCAGGGGCGCGGCGGCGGCAACGGCCGCAAGACGCGGUGGACGCAGGACCAGAUCGUGGCCCUGAUAGAGGGGGUGGAGCGGCACGGCCUCAGCGCCUGGCGCACGAUAGUGCAGGACCCCCGGCUGGCCGGCAAGAAUAACAUGCAGUGCAAGGACAAGUUCAGGAACCUUUGCCUCACAAUUAUUCAGGGUCGCCCCGAGCGUGGGCUGACGCUGGACUGGCGGCUCAAGGACCGCGUGAAAACACUCAUAGAGCAGGAGAGCAUCAAGCUAGCCGAGCCGCCUGCCCUGUGGUAG